GAAAGCAAAACAACGAAACCACCACGGAAGAUUAUGAGCCUAAUUGCGACCUGCAUCCUGUGCCAGGCUAGGUUACCGUUCGAGAGCUCUAACUCGUGGAUACUGAUACGUCAUUUGCUGGAUAACCACCAUCCGCCGGAAGCUAUGCCGCUAGCGUGCAAUCAAAAUUCGAACCCACCAACGAAACUCACGGUGCCUCGCUGCGAAAGAUCAAAUCAAUUAGUGGCGGAUGAUGAUUCGGGCGAGCAGGAGCAACGGCAAGACGCUCGGGCAGCCCGCUCAGAUCGGCAAAAACGGCCGCGGAAUGUGCUGCUUGGUGCGAGGAAAACCGUCUACAAAACUACCGUUACCCAAUGGAAACCGGCCCGAUUUCGUGUGAAGUGCGGGGAGUGUGGUGGCCGUUUCUAUCCCACCAUUCGUAAUGCAGCGAGUCGCAUAUCGAACGGGCUUGGUGCUGCCUGUAUCCUGUCCUGUUGGCCGUUCUGUUUUCUGCCCGCGCUGUUCACCACAGCGAGCAAGUACCAUCUGCACUGCUCGAACUGUAACGCUUAUCUCGGGCUGUACGAUGUCGAGCGAGAUUGCUUGAAGGAAGGAAAAGCCUGAGAAGGAGAGUACAUGAAUAAACUAUUUGUUUGAUUGGUUAUAAUGUAACAUUUGAAUUAAUUUGAGAUCAUAAAUACUAAAAAAUGCUUGUUUUCUGUA